CUCCGACUUUGGAUCUUGUUUGGUUGCCGAGAUGCUGGAAAACAGCUGAGAGGCCGCGCGCAUAACCGAACCCGAACUCACCUGCGUGAGAAGGGAAUGCCCUUAAAGAAGUCGUCCACCUCCGACAUUUCCGGUCUUUUCUCAGACUUUUUCUUGUCACCUAGUGCGGACCAGACAGUCCAUGGGGUUUGUAGAUAACCAGUAUUUGUUGAAUUAAACCUAGAGGUACAGAAGCAUCUUCUUUGGAUGGGUGAGUUGGGAAAAACUGCACUGAAGAGGAUUUGGUUAUGGAACUGAAGAUUAUGUCAAGUUUGGAUGGAUAAAAACCAAGGCGCUUUUGUAUCUCCAGAAUAUAUCAGAAAGAUUUUUCAGUAAAUGUGGAGUGAAUAAGUGAAAGUAGUCAAAAGAACGGAAAGUAGCUCUGCUGGUGUGAGAAAGGAACAUCCUACAUAUGGUGUUUAUUAUUUCUGGAAAGACAACCUGUCUUCUGGACAAACUGACAAGUUUAUGUUGCAGGUUUUCUCUUAGUCUUUUGCCUAAGAAUAUAGCAAAUGUCACAUCUUUUCACCAGUGUAGAUUACUUCAUACCACAUUGUCAAGAAAAGGACUGGAAGAAUUUUUUGAUGACCCAAAGAAUUGGGGGGAAGAAAAAGUGAAAUCUGGAGCUUCAUGGACCUGUCAGCAAUUAAGGAAUAAAAGUAAUGAAGAUUUACAUAAACUUUGGUAUGUCCUACUGAAAGAAAGAAACAUGCUCUUAACUUUAGAGCAGGAGGCCAAGCGGCAGAGGUUGCCAAUGCCAAGUCCGGAGCGGUUAGAAAAGGUAAUAGAUUCCAUGGAUGCCUUAGAUAAAGUUGUCCAGGAAAGAGAGGAUGCCCUAAGACUUCUUCAGACUGGUCAAGAAAAAGCUAGACCUGGUGCCUGGAGAAGAGACAUCUUUGGAAGAAUCAUCUGGCACAAGUUCAAGCAGUGGCCUAUACCUUGGUACCUAAAUAAAAGAUACAACAGGAAACGAUUCUUUGCAAUGCCCUAUGUGGAACGUUUUAUGAGAUUGAGAAUUGAGAAACAAGCCCGCAUUGAAGCAAGGAAGAAAAGUUUAGAGAAAAAGAAAGAAAAAUUUCUUCAGGAAAAGUUUCCACGUCAUUCUGAAGCCCAGAAGUCAAGUGUUGUCUAAGAUGUCUGAAUUCUGAAGUUACUAUUUUGUUUUCCUUGGAUAACAAUCUAUAUACAAAAGUAAAUAUGUAUUAAGUAA